AUGAGUUCAGUAAUUGUAUCAAAUACUCCAAAUGUACCACCUUCAAAAAUUAUAGAAUUUUUUUCAUUUUGUGGAAGUGUUAAAGAUCUUAUACCAUUAGGAAAAGAUGAAAAUGGUAAAGGAAAAUAUGAAGUUUUAUUUAAUAGUCCAAAAGCUGUUUCAACUGCUUUAUUAUUAAAUGAUGCAGAAUUAGAUAACACUUUUAUAAGAGUUGAUGAAGUACCAGCUAUAACUGAUGGUGAAGUUGGUAAAGCUCCACAAGAUGAUGGACCAGGUGAAAAAUUAGGUUCAGCAACUAGCUCUACAACAAAAGAUGUUAAACCAACUGGUGAUAAAACUUAUGAUGAUGUUGAUCAAGAAGAAAAACCAAAAUAUGCUAUAUUAGCUCAAUUAUUAGCUGAUGGUUAUGUAUUAUCAGAUCAAAUAAUUGAUAAAGGUUUAGAAUUUGAUAAAAAAAAUGGUUAUAGUACAAAAUUUCAAAAUUUUAUAGAAUCAUUAGAUUCAAAAUAUGUUCAUUCAAAAGAUCCAAAUUCAACUGUAAAUCAACAAAUUUCCAAGGGGCAAGAUUUUUUUGAAAAAUCUGGAUUACAAAAAUAUUUUGAUGAUGCUGUUAAUUCAAAUUUAGGUUUAAAAAUUCAUGAAUUUUAUAAAUCUUUUGCAAAUGAUGCCAAGGAUGUUCAUAAUGAAGCUGUUAGAUUAGCAAAAAUUAAAAAAUCUGAAUUAGAAAAAAAAGAAAAACAAGAAUCUUCUACAACUGGUACUGGUGCAACUUCAAGUACUUCUGGUAAUACUGAUUCUACGACUCCUGUUGUUAAAGCUUAG